CAGGCCCCGUGACGACACCGGGUAUCGACUGUGGGCCGCCGGCGUAUAAAGUAGCCCGGGGCGACGGCGGCGGUAAACAGUCGUCGGCCGGCGGGCGGUCAGCGGAGAGCCACUGACAGAUAGACAGACAGGAGCGAGCCGUGUGGCGGUCCUCAAACAGGUGGUGACGAUGCGGCCCGUCUGUGUGCUGGCGGCGCUGGUGGCGCUGACCGGUGGCCAACAGCCGGAGCCCGGCGCCCACUGGAUGUCGGGCGCCGUGGCGCGCAGGGCGGCCUCGCUGCCGCCGCGCGACCCGGACGCCGAGGUGAUCGGGCCCAUCACCGACCCGCGGCCGGCGCUCGACGGCAACUUCCAGGUGCCGCACGGCCACCGGCUGGCCGGCGUCUACCGCAACGACAAGCCGCGCCUGCCGGACGACUACGUGCGCUACCUGCGUCAGCAGGGCCUCAGUGCAGAGCAGAUCGAGCACGGCGCCGGCCUGGAGGGCACGCGGCGCGCGCGCGCCCCCACACCUGUCCAGAUGCCGCUGCCGGACGGUCUGACCGUACACUUGGAGCCGGAACAGCCGGCGCAGCCCACCGGCCGGCCAGCGCCCCUUCCAUCGGCGCCGGUGCCUGCCAUCGAGCACCUGCGCGCGGCUGGCGACGAGCACUCGAACGCGGUCGGCGUGGCGCCGCUGGUGCCCGCGUGGACCGGUCUGCCGCGGCUGGAGGACCUGCGCCGCCAUCACCGGCGCGUCAAACAGCGCCUGGACGAGCAGUGGAGGCAGCAGCUGCGCCAGCACCAGCAGCUGCUCGGCCAGCGGUCCCCCGGCGCGCCCCGAGUCCAGGAGGAGUACCACGCGCGCCACCUGCCCGGCGGCGGCCGCAGCGUCUCCUACUCGAAGCGCACCACGCACCACACGUCCUACACGAGCGGCGGGCCGGCGCAGCGGCUGCGGCGCCGCAAACGGCAGCACCGGCCACUCCGUGCCGGCCGCUGGUGAUGGGGGACGGGUCGCCGGACGACACGCUGGAGGGCGCACCGCCGCGCGGGUGACGGCGGGCCGCCUACAGGCAGCUGCUGGAGGGCUCCGCGCUGGUCAUCGCGACUCGCGAGCUGGCACUCAAUCCCUCGUGGGCCACCGCGAUCUGGCGCUGGUGGCCUGCCGCUGGCGCCCGUGAUGUGACGCUGGAGGGCGCCCCGCCGCGCUGGAGAGCAAUCACCUGAGAGUGGCGCCAUAGAAACCGGUGUCAGCCCGACACGAGAAAGGACUGUGGCCAGAGUGCGGCUCGGGCAGGUCACGUGUUUGGAGCUGAGGACGCCGAGGACACAGGACAUCGUCUCCAGGUGAUGACGCGAGCAUUGGGCGCGUCCCGGGGGGACGGCGCUCGCUCACAGUCUGCAUGAGAGGACGGUGGAGCCGGCGGUGGAGUCUCAGCAGCGGGCCGCCGAGCGCGCACCUAGCGUAUCGGACGGACGCUGACUGGCGCCGACCGUGGACGGCCCUAUGCCGGGCCUCGCCGAGGACCGCGUCCGCGGCGCUCUGUAUUGGCCAGGGACGCUGUGAGAAGGCCAGUGGCUUUUGUUGGUACCUACGAGCAUAGUUAGGCACGCUCUGUGCGGCUUUCGAUCGUGUUGAGUUUGUAUAUGUUUUCGCGCAAUUAAUCUAUGUUGUAGCUAGCGUGUGUCUACAAAGGCGUCUCGAACGCUACAACAGAUCAAGCCCCAAACUGAGCUUGUUGAUGUUUCUCGUGACAAUACGCAUGCGGAUGUAUGCACGUAUGUGGAUGAUGUAAAGCAGGGGUCGGCAAAUGGUGGGGCAUGCCCCCUUUGGGGGUAAUGGAGCCCCUCGGCGGGGGGUAAUGGGGCAUCUGAGGAAGCCUCAUCUUAUCUUAGAAUUGAUUGCUCCCUUGAUGGGACAGACAUCACGACUGUUUGGUCCCAGGGUUCAAAGAUAAGUCUAGGUCGAACACUAACCGUUGCCCCUCUAUUGGCGUUUUCAUAGCAGCUAACGUAAACGGGGAGGGGCCGAUCGGAACCCAGCCUCUCGGCCUCUGAACUGGAACUUUGCGGCAGAACUAAACGAGCGUGCUACCCGUGACGAUAGGAACCCGCUGCCACCCAAUUUUAACCUUCGCACUUAUAC